AUUGUUUCAAUUGUUUCAAUGGCGCAACCGGUCUUCAAUCCAGCUGCUGCUGGUGCGCCAGGUGGUGCUCCGCGUCCCACGAUGGGCAUGCCUGCCGUCGCUCGCCCGCCUGCGUUCGGCCAGAUCGGAGGUGCUGCUGGUGCUGCUCCUGUUGGUGCCAUGCCUGCGAUGGGCGCGCUCGGUGGAGGCGCUGCUCGGCCGCUCGGUGGCUUGGGAAUGGGCGGUCUCGGUGCUGCUGCUCCUCCUGGCGCUGCUGGCGGGCUUGGUCUUGGUGCGCUCGGUGCUGCUAGGCCAACACUCGGUGGUGCUGCGCCUGGUCUAGGCGGAAUGCCAGCAAUGGGUGCUCCUCGUCCGACGCUUGGUGGCAUUGGCGCUGCUGCUGCUGCUGCUCCGGGAGCUGGUAUUGGUCUUCCCGGUGCUGCUGCUGCGGGUGCUGCUCCAGCUGCAGGUGGCAUUCCUUCGCUUGGCGCAGGUCUUGCUCCUCGACCUGUCGGCGCGGUCGGCGCUGUCGGCGCUGCGCCAGGCGCACUUGGCGGUGUUCCGACUCUUGGUGCCGGCGCGCCCCGCCCUGCGAUGGGAUUGCCUGGUGCUGUUGGUGUUCCGGCUGCCGGUGCUGUUGGUGUUCCGGCUGCCGGUGCUGUUGGUGUUCCGGCUGCCGGUGCUGUUGCUGCUGCUGCGCCUGGUCUCGGUGCUGCUGCGCCUGGUCUCGGUGGUGCUGGCGCGCUCGGCGCUCCUCGUCCCACGCUUGGCGCCGCUGCACCUGGCGCGCUCCCUGCUGCCGGUGCUCUUGGUGGUGUCGGCGCACUCGGCGCACUCGGCGCCCCUCGUCCCGCGCUUGGAGCACCGGCGCUUGGCGCUGCUGCAGUUGGUGCCGCCGCACCUGCUGCUCUCGGCGCUGGAGCUGCUGCGGCUGCAGCUCCUGCUGCUGCACCCGUUCCUGCCAGCGCCAUUGCCAACUCGGAUCUCAAAAAUCUCUCCGUCGAAGACAUUGUGAACAAGUGGACUCGCGAGCUCGAGGAAAUGGUCAACACAUUCAACACCCAAGCCAUCGAAGUGGCCGAGUGGGACAAGAUGCUUGUCGACAAUGGCGAGCAGAUCAUCAACUUGCACAAGGAGGUGGAGCGCAUCCAGUCGUCCCAGAAGGACUUGGAUCAGCGCGUCGAGUACAUUUACACACAACAGCGCGAACUCGGCCAGUUGCUCGAAUCGCUUGAGGGUGAUGUUGACCAGCUUUACAACAAGGCUCGGUCUGUUCCCCAUGCCGACCGCGCCCGUCAACGAACAUUCCAACUUGCUGAAAGUAUGAACGCCCAGCUCGAUGAAAUGUCAAAGUCACUCAAGGAAAUGAUUUCGAGUUUGAACCAGUCGACUGGUGCUCAACGCGACGAGGCCAUUCCAAUCCACCAAAUUCUGCAGAUUCUUGGCAACCACGUCAACGCCUUGCAGUCGAUCGAUCGAAAUGCAGCCCAUCUUGGCACCCAGUUGCAGAUGGUGCAACAAGAGAAUCUUCAAAAGAUGAACCAAUAUGCUCGCAUUCAAUCCCACCGAGGAUUGUAAAGGGACAACCCAAAUGUGUGUUUUGUGUGACAGUUACUGAAAACUUAGUUUUUACCAAAAUCCGAUAUUCUCUUAACAGUCAGAUUCCGAC